CCGUGAGGGGAGCGGGGCGGGGCCGCCCGGGGCAAAGUCCAGGGGCCGGCGGAGCGCCUGAGGGGCCAUGGCGGGAGAGCUGGAGUCGCUGGAGUCGUGCCUGGAGCGGCACAUCCCGCCCGCGGAACUCGCCGAGGUGAAGCGGCUCCUCUAUGGGGGCGAGGCCAGAAAACUUGAUUUGCCAACUGCUGCACUGUCAGCAGCUCAGGAAAAAGAUUUUGAACUGCAGGGCUAUGGAUUUGAAGCUGCUCCGGAGCAAUUGAGAAGGCCACGUGUUGUUCGAGUGGGGCUGAUACAGAAUAAAAUUCCUCUUCCCACUGACACAGCAGUGGCAGUCCAGGUGGCUGCUCUGCACAGACGCAUCGAGGAGAUGGUGGGAGUGGCUGCAAUGUGUGGGGUCAACAUUGUGUGUUUCCAGGAGGCUUGGACCAUGCCCUUUGCUUUUUGUACAAGAGAGAAACUUCCUUGGACUGAAUUUGCUGAGUCAGCAGAGGAUGGGCCAACAACAAAAUUCUGUCAAGAGCUUGCAAAGAAGUACAAUAUGGUUGUGGUGUCUCCAAUCCUGGAGAGAGAUGAACUGCAUGGUGGAGUUCUGUGGAAUACUGCAGUGGUCAUUUCUAAUUCUGGAGCACUCCUUGGAAAAAGUAGGAAAAAUCACAUUCCAAGGGUUGGAGAUUUCAAUGAGUCUACUUACUAUAUGGAAGGUAACACAGGACACCCAGUGUUUCAGACACAGUUUGGGACAAUUGCUGUGAACAUCUGCUAUGGGCGCCACCACCCUCUGAACUGGCUCAUGUAUAGCAUGAAUGGAGCAGAGAUCAUCUUUAACCCUUCAGCCACUAUUGGGACACUCAGCGAGGCGCUGUGGCCCAUCGAAGCCAGGAACGCUGCCAUAGCCAAUCACUGCUUCACCUGUCCCAUCAACAGAGUAGGAACGGAAUACUACAAAAACGCUUUUACUUCUGGAGAUGGUGGGAAAGCACACCACGAGCUGGGCCAUUUCUACGGCUCGAGUUACGUAGCUGCGCCCGACGGCAGCAGGACCCCGGGGCUCUCCCGCACUCAGGACGGGCUGCUGGUGGCAGAGAUGGACCUCAACCUCUGCAGGCAAGUCAGUGACAAAUGGAAUUUUAAGAUGACUGGUAGAUAUGAAAUGUAUGCAGAAAAGCUUGCUGAAGCAAUCCAGCCUUUCUUUAUACCCAAUAUCAUCAAAGAGUGAGAGAGAGCACCUCAUUCCACUCAAAUGUUACAAGACAAAUUCAAAGUUGCUGCUGGAUUAUAGCUUUACUGUGAAUCACAAGGUGCUCUUUUAAUGCUCUUUAAUGUCAGUUUAAUUUCAUGUAAUCAAUUUUGAAUAAUAAGAAUCAAAACUGCAUUAUGUAAAAUAAUUGAAAAUGGCUGAAGUGUUUGUUAUUUACAAUAAUGAGUCCAAAGUUUUGUUUCUUGCUAGAAGUACAUCCAGUGUUUUCCCAGAGUAAAAACACAUACUGUUAUAUAGUUGAUGAGAUCAGAGGACAUGAAAUUUUGAAAUUGAAAUGUAUUCUGAAAUUUUGCUUCAUGUGAUUUGGGUGAUGGCAAUAGCUAUUCAGGCAAUGCAGACUGAAUAGAAUUUACAGCCCAGCAACUAUGAAUUUAUAGCUGAAAUAAAUAUUUGAACUCUUGUUUCUUUUUUACUGAAUUAUAAUUUCAGAUUUUCAAAAACAUUUUUCCUAAUGAAGUUGUUAAUAAAUACACUUGCUACAUUA